GUGGGUUCAAGCAAUGGAUUUGUAUUUUAAUGACAUUGUUAAACAGGGAUAUGUGUAUUUUCGCAGCAAGCACUUAUGGAUCUAUCGGAGGUGCUGGCUUGUCCUAAGAAGAGACUCCAGUAAAGGGCCCAAGAGAUUGGAGAGGUUCUCAAAUGAACAGGCGGCUAACUGCCAAUGUCACCACAAAGUGACAGACCUCACAAAAAUAAGAAAUGUUACCAGACCCCCACGGGGUAAAAAGAAACCCGCUGUGGUUCUGACUUUCAAUGACGACUCACCAAAGGCUUUCGCAUGUGAUUCAGAGUUGGACGCCAAGGAAUGGUGCAAAGUGCUACAAAUGGAAUGUCUGGAGGCUAGAAUGACUGACCUGACCUUGGAGGAGCCAGUCCUAUUUAACAUGAACCUACAUCGAGAUCACAGAGAGCAGUUCCACGUAUUCAUGAAGCCAUCCCAGUGUAUGGAUUUCAAUGGGGAAUGUAAUCUUCAGAUCACUUGUGACACUCUCUUGCUGUGGGACACCCAGAACCCUGGUCUCAAAAUCACAUCCUGGCCACUGCGGUCACUUCGCCGUUACGGUCGGGGUCAAAACUGGUUCACAUUUGAAGCUGGGAGGAUGUGUGACACUGGAGAGGGACUCUUCACCUUUCAGACACAAGAGGGAGAACGGCUCUAUCAUAGAGUGAAUGAGGCGGUGCUAGCCACUGUGGAGCAAGAGGACUGGCUAUGCUGUGAUGAGAGGAAGACAGGCACGGAAAGGAGAACCAGAGAGUCUACAAUACCUUGGUCUCUGUGCUGACACUGCUGAUUCUGAUGGUCCAGUCACAAUCCUUGAUCCCAUUUGAAAUCAGAUUAAAUAUAUUCACUGUAUAUCA